AUGGCAGCAGGAUUUGAAGAAGUUUCGUCUCAUGAAGAGUCAUCUACCGGAAGAAACAAAGUGUUAAGAUCUAUGAGGUCUAUGCUCUCCUCAAUUCCGAAGACCAUGUGUCAGACAAUGAAUUCAAGGGAAGAAGAAAUAGAGAACUUUCGCAACAUUUUCAAUGUCCUCACUGAGCUGGAUAAUACUUUGAAGAAGAACACAUAUGAGACCCACAUCGCGAAUGUAAACUUUUCAAUGUUUGAAAAGUAUCUCUUCAACCGUCAAAUUGAAUUAUUGGACAUUGAAAGGCAUUUCAACGAUAAACGCCACAAGGAAACCAUGGAAGAAUUCAGUAUGGUGAAGAGUCAGAUGGUGGAAAUUCAGGGUUGCAUGAGAAGGAAUGAUAAUGAAAGUCAAGAAUUUGCUGACUCCAUUGCUAGGAAGUUUCAAGCAAAGGAGGAUGCAAAGGCCAAUGUUGAAGGUGCUCAACCCCGACAAGUUCAAGGAGAGUCAAGCAGAAGAAAUGAUGGUGUGUCAACCGACACAAGAUCCAUGCGAGCCCCAAGCACUGAUGACAAUCCUAGGCCAACCAAGAGAGGUGGUGGUCGAAGCGGUGCUGAGGGUAGAGGUACAAGUGGUGGUGUACGGAGUAGACUAUCAAAUGUUGAUCAAGGUGGACGUACCAGCGGUGAUGAACGUGGUGGAAGAUCAUGUGCAGGCGGUCGUGCUGUCGGAGCUAAUGUCUGCGUUAAUGAGCCCGUUGCUUCGCGGGCGCAUGGUCCCUCGGCUGAAACAGGCUAUGCUGGCGCGCCUGGAAUGUCAGAUGGAGAUUCGAUGCUCAUCUGA